AUGGGAGCAAAUAUUUCUUCUGAAGCAGAAAAUAUCACUCCCUCCACUUCGGAAGAAACACAAAAAUCUUCAGGUAUAGAAUUCGUCGAACAACAGCCACAAAAUACAACAAUCGAGAUCAAAAAUACUACUAUUGAUGAAAAAGAAGAAAAUACAAGAUACGCAAUUCCUCAAGACAUCAAAGAAAAAUCCAGUCAAGAAAUCCAACACUAUAUAUUACGAUAUUUUGCGCAAGGAAAUUUUCUAUCACCUAUUCACCAACAUUUCAAGUCUGAAAAAAACAAUGACGAUAAUACCCUGCAAAUUCUUGACUUUAAUUGUGGUCCUACGGGAACAUGGGCAAAAGAAAUCUCGCGAGAAUUUCCUGAAGCAAAAGUCUUGGGUGUAGUUAUUAAUGAUAGUGAAAUUCCCUCUACAAGCAAAGAUGAGGAAUCAAACUUGAAAUUCAUAAAGCAUAAUUUAUCGUCGUCAGGUGAAAUGGAUAAUCGUCGUCUUCCGUUUGCGAGUAAUACUUUUGACUUUGUACAUUCUCGAUUUUUAUUAAAUGAAAUUAAAGAAGAUGAUAUUGAAAAUACGGUCAUAAGUGAGUUUGUGCGAGUUGCGAAACCUUCUGGAUAUAUUGAACUUGUGGAAUGCGAUGUAAGACAUUUUAGCGAUGGACCAUCCACCCGAAAACUGACUAAUGCUAUGUUAGACUACCUGAAAUCAAAGGGCCACAACGGCCAAAUCAGCGAUAACCUUGCACGUUAUCUUCAUCAAACGUCACAAGUGGGCGACAUCAGACGACACGAUAAAGCCAUCCCAUUAGGUCGUUGGGCCGGCCAAAUCGGCGAACUAGCCAUACAAUCUCUAACAGAUCUUUUUCGUAAGACGACCGGACUUCCGGCCUCAAUGAAAAUGUCUAGCGUGCAAUUUCAAGAACUUUUGUCCUCGUAUAGACAGGAAGUGGAAAUACGACGUACCUUUUGUAAAGCACGGUGGUUUUAUACACAGAAAAUUGCCGAGUAG